CUGCCCACGUAGCCCUCGCGCUGACGGGCAUCGAGCUGGGGCUGUGCCAGCGGGAACUGGGGAUGAGGGGGAAGACCCGCGAUGGAGCAUGGCGGGACGGGGACUAGCCUCAUCCUGCGCCUCUGUCAGCGUGGCCAUGGCUGCGGACCAGGAGCAACCCGGCACGCCGGUAAGGAGCAAUCCUGCCCAACCUGUUCCUCCAGGCUCGAGGCUCCGGCACUGGCUGCUGUUCCCAGCAGGAGCACUGGGCACCACGGAGUUUGGGACCCUGUGGUGGAGGGCAGGCAGGAGAGGAAGGGUGGCUGGCACAGCGGUGGGGAUGCUGACAGGACCCAGCCAUCCUGGCCCCAAACCAGGAGCGUGACCCGCCUCCUCCCUAGCACCCAUUUGCGGGGUCAGCUCAGUUUGGAGGGUGCUGGGUGCCAGGCUGAGGGUGCUCAGCACCCUGGUGUGCCCACGGAGGUGCAGCACCUCUGGCGCUCAGUCUUAAUUCACCCUCCCUGGAGUGGAUCCCUGGGCUGGAUCCUGGCACCGGCACAGCGCUGUGCCCCUGGGAUGCUUCUCCUCCUUUGGUGGUUUUCUUGUAAAACAGGGGCAGUGAUGGCUGGCAAGGGAGGCCGGGGAACAGGACAGACCCUCCGCGACUUCCUUCCACCAGGAAAUUCCUACCUUAAAAAAAAAAGCCCAUUUUUGUCCCUAAAUAUUGUAAAAAAACAAGAGGAGCAGCCCGAUGCCCUGUGGCACCCAGCCGUGGGACCGCGGGGGACCCCUCAGUGGGGGCCCUGUACCUGGCCGGUGCGGGGGGCCGGUUUUGGGGCUGGCCGGCCGAUGGGGUCAGCCCUGCCUUCCUGGAAGAUAGCCUUUGAAACUGCUCGGCAUUUCCUCAAAGGUUUCUCAGGGGAAAGUCCCCGCGGUGCCGUUCCCGUGGCCGGGGCUGCCGCACCGCCUGCCGCCUCCAUAAAACGUGGAGCAGGCAGCGGCAGGCAGCAGCAGGCACGGGCAGGCAGACACGGGGACGUUGAACCAUGGGCAACUGGCUGGUCAACCACUGGUUUUCGGCCGCAGUCCUCGCAGCCUGGCUGGGCAUCAACAUCUUCCUCUUCACGUACUACUUUCUGUUCUUUGACCGGGACGAGCGGUAUUUCUACACCAGGGCCAUCCUCGGGUCCGCCUUGGCGUGGGCACGAGCAUCGGCCAAAUGCCUCAACUUCAACAGCAUGCUGAUCCUGCUGCCCAUCUGCCGCAACCUCCUCUCCUUCCUCCGCGGGACCUGCUCGUGCUGCAGGCGGACGCUGCGGAAGCAGCUGGACCACAACCUCACCUUCCACAAGCUGGUGGCCUACGCGCUGGCCCUGCUCACAGCCGUGCACACCAUCGCCCACCUCUUCAACCUGGAGCGUUACAACCACAGCCGGCAAGCCACCGACGGCAGCCUCCCCGCCGUCCUCUCCAAGAUGCACCUGCAGGGCGGCAACAAGUGGCUGAACCCCAUCCACUCCAACCAGACGACCGUCGAGUACGUGGCCUUCACCACCAUCCCGGGGCUGACGGGAGUCAUCAUCACGCUGGCGCUCAUCCUCAUGGUCACGUCCUCCACCGAGUUCAUCCGCAGGAACUACUUCGAGGUCUUCUGGUACACGCACCACCUCUUCCUCAUCUACUUCGCCGGCCUCGUCAUCCACGGCAUCGCCGGACUGGUGCGCGGGCAGACGGAGGAGAGCAUGGAGGAGGUGCACCCUCAUCGCUGCGCCCAAUAUCUCACGCGCAAGGACGAGGACUGCAGCCACAACUGCUGCAAAGACCCCGAGUUCGGGAGCAUCCCUGCCGAGUCCUGGAAAUGGGUUCUGGCUCCCCUCAUCCUCUACACCUUCGAGCGGAUCCUCCGGGUCUGGCGUGCGCGGCAGAAGGUCGUUGUCACCAAGGUGGUCAUGCACCCUGCCCGAGUGCUGGAGCUGCAGAUGCAGAAGAAGGGCUUCCGCAUGGAGGUGGGACAGUACAUCUUCGUCAACUGCCCCGCCAUCUCCCUGCUGGAGUGGCAUCCCUUCACCCUCACCUCGGCGCCCGAGGAGGACUUCUUCUCCAUCCACGUCCGGGCAGCCGGUGACUGGACGGAGCGUCUCAUCGACACCUUUCAGCAGCACAAGACGGAGAUGCCCAGGAUCGAGGUGGAUGGCCCCUUUGGCACGGCCAGCGAAGACGUGUUCCAGUAUGAGGUGGCCAUGCUGGUGGGAGCGGGCAUCGGUGUCACCCCCUUCGCCUCCAUCCUGAAGUCCAUCUGGUACAAGUUCCAGCAGGCUGACCAGACCCUCAGGACCAAGAAGAUCUACUUCUACUGGCUCUGCCGGGACACGGGAGCCUUCGCCUGGUUCAAUGACCUGCUUGCCUCGCUGGAGCAGAAGAUGGCUGAGUCGGGCAAGGCGGACUUUCUCACCUACCGGCUCUUCCUCACUGGCUGGGACACCAGCAUCGCCAACAAUGUGGCGCUCCGCUUCGACACCGCUACGGACACGGUGACGGGCCUCAGGCACAAAACCAUCUUUGGGCGGCCCAUGUGGAACAGCGAGUUUGCAGCGGUGGCGGCAGCCCACCCCAGGUCAGUGGUCGGUGUGUUCCUCUGCGGGCCGGGGGCCUUGGCAAAGAGCCUGCAGAAGUCUUGCCACCAGCACUCCAGCCUGGACCCCAGGAAGGUCAAAUUCUACUUCAACAAGGAGAACUUCUAAGUGGCAGUCAGGCUGGGACCCCAGCGAGCAGGGGACUCUGCCGGUCUCGCCUCGCCGCCCAUGCCAGAGCAUGGCCAGGGAUAAGCGUCUGCCGAA